CAGUAGCGGGAUCAAACGGGAUCGCACAGCAUGGAUUAUGCAACAUAAUAAUGUGGAAAUUUAAAAUGGCGUCGGGAAAGAAGCAGAGUGAAGCUGAUUUGAAAGCCAGAGAAAGCGCUUUAAAUGAUUUGGUAUUAAAUUUUGGUUUCCCAAAGGAACAAGCAGACAAAGUUUUAACUGAAUGCCACAAUAACGUCGACCAUGCUCGUGAAAGACUGUGUAAAAUGUACGGAAAAAGUCCAGCUUCAGGACCCAGCUGUGUCCCUCCCAACGAACCACCUCCACCGUAUAGUGAGUGUGCUUCUUCUCCAAUCUCUAAUCCACCUCUUUAUAUAAGUCAAGAAAAGGAAGCUUUGUUAAAGAACGUUGAGGAAAGAUUUCCGGUCGACACAGAAGAAAGGUGCUCGUCUUGUUUUGAUCCAAUUAAACCAGAUCCCGAGGAGGGAUUCUCUGGGAAAAUGAUUUGGCAGGGCACAAAGGCAUACCAUUCCGAAUGCUACAUGAAGAGUAAGGGACCAAAAUGUGAGCAUUGCUGUUUUGCAUUAAUAGCACAUCCAUCAAAAGGCUUGUCAGGGGAAUGGGGAAUCUAUGAUAACAAAAAAUAUCAUGAAGAAUGCUAUCGCCAGUUUGCUGGUCCAAGGUGUAGCAGCUGCUGUGAUGUUAUUGCACCUAACUCAGAAGAAGGAUUCACUGGUCGUUGGAUUGAAGAUCAUAACAAAAUAUAUCAUGAAGAAUGCUUUGCUAAGAAAAACUUUGUUGAAGCCAGAGCAAAGUACUCAUAAUAAUUCUGGCUUACACCUAGAUGUAUACAGGAUAUUACAUGGGCGCGCGGAGAUACAAACUUUUUCUUCGAGUGUUGUAGCUCACUCGUGAGAGAUCUUUUCAACGCUCGAAGAUGCAU